CUGCCCAUGAGAUUGAAAACGAAACGCUGAGCAUGGCCAAAAGCAAGAAAGCGGCUGCCAAGGCUCCAGCCAAACGCACGCGCGACCCGCUGGGCCCGACGAAACACGAGCUGCGCUGCGCUGCUAAGUCGCAGACCAAGAAUUGCUACCUCGGGGGCAGCAAAGCGCUCUACCAAACGUCGGCGCAGCAGCGUCGAGCGCGGACGCUCCGCGCGAAGAAAGCCAGCGCGGCGGCGCGCCGGCCAUGAGGGCACUCCUCCUCCUCGGCCUUGCGCCCGCGUCGAGCUCGCUGCUGCGGCGAUGGUGGGCCGGUGGGAACGCCACCGCCCACCGCCUUUUUACGCCGUCGCCGCGAGCGGAGGAGAACCUGCUCGCGUCCUAUUACGACCCUCGUGCGGUUGCGUGGUGCGAAAGGAAGUACCGAGAGCUGCCCGGUGUCGUGACGGGCUGCGGCUUCCGGGCGAUCAAACGUGAUUGGCUGCAUAAAUACGACUGCGGCCACGUCGUCCGGCACCUGGCCGAGGCCGACGCUGUGUCUGCACCAGAUAUCGUGGCGGCGGCGCGCGUCUACGCGGGCAAUUGCCCGUUCUUCAUCGACGACCGUCCGUGGCCCGAGCCCGGCCGCUUCGUGUAUUUCGGCGAAGCGUCGAAGCGGCGGCGCGCGGCGGUCACGCCGCCGGCCGCGUGGCGGCCGUGGGUCUGCGACGGCACGGUCGCCAUCGACGUGGGCGCGGCGUGGGGCGACACUGCGACGUCGAUGGCGCUCGCGGCCGGCCCGCGCGGCGCGGUCUUCGCGCUCGAGCUUAUUCCGGCGCUGCACCACCACAACGUCGUCAACGCGCUCGCGAACCGCAAUUUGUCUCGUCUGAUACCGGUGAACGUCGCGGUCCGCGGGCCCGGCGCCGGUAAACUGCCGAAGACGGUGCGCGCCGUGCGCGUGUGGCGGUGGUUUUCGCAAGCGCUGCCCCACCUACGAAAGCACGUGUCCUUCGUCAAAAUUGAUGUGGACGCGCUUUCAGCGUUGACCGCCGUGGAGUUGCUGGAAGACCUCGAGGCGGCGGACGAACGCCCGGUGAUCAAGGCCGAGUGGUUCGGCGGAGAUCGGAAACGGGGUUGCACGCGCGAGACGGAGAAAGUUUGGGAGGCCGCGCGGACCGCGGGCUACGGCGUCUUCGCCGCCGACGCAACAACCUCCCUCGAAAGCUGCGCCGCGGCGCUCGCGCGCGCGCGGGCGCACGACGGCGGCGCAUUCCCGGGCGGCGGCGGCUCUCUGUACGCGGACCUCUAUCUCCUGCCGGGUGGGAUAAGCGCGGUCGCCAGGCGCUGCCCGCCGGUCCUACCAAAAAGCGCCGCGGUCCCGGCGCUCCCCAUCGGCCGGGGCGACGUCCUGCCUGGCGGCCGUGGUCGCCGGCGGCGGCGCCGACGCGGGCGAUGACGCCGUGGGCGCGACGAGGCUGCAUGCGGCGACGCGGGCCGGGGCGGCGUCGUAUGAUCAAAUCAUCUUAUACUUGGGGGAGGACGUGUGUUCAGGACUUUUUUGAACGCGGCGGGGUUAGACACCCUGGUAGGGGUGUCCCGCUCAGCUGUAACGGGGGAAGGGGAUCGUCGCGGCGGGGUUAGACUUCAACCGAAGUCCCGCUCGGCGACGUAUAAG